AUAAGACAAUCAAGAAGCAUCAUGCCUCCAACACCCGGCGAAGCAGAUAUCACCACUCUGCUGGCCUCAUUAGAGCCAACCCUUGAUCCCCAACUAUUCGUUUUCAUCACUACAAAAAUCCCCCUAGAAAGUCUACCAUUCAACUCGCUCAAACCAGAAAUGCUCUUCCAUGAAAAAGAAGGCCUCACUAUCAUCACCACUGCUGGACGGGCCCAAGCUCAUGGGUAUCAUGAUGCAGUCUUUCCAUGCCGCAAGAUUUCCCUGACGGUCCACUCGAGUCUUGAGGCCGUGGGUCUCAUUGCGGCCAUCUCCAAGAGGUACACUGAGCGCGGAAUUAGUUCGAACGUGGUCAGCGGCUUCUAUCAUGACCAUAUCUUUGUCCCCGACGGGCUGGAGUUGGAGGCUAUGGAAGUUUUGCGUGAUAUGGCAGCGGAAGCUGGGGAGCAGAAAAGGUCAAGGCAGCCUUAGGGCCAUGAGACAUUUGUUGGAGAAAGACCCGGUCCAGAAAAUAGGGGGCCCAUAUAUUCCCGA